AUGGUGGCCGAGAAGAAGGUAAAAUUAUCCUUCGGCCAUAAGACUCCGAAGCCCGAAGAGCUCAAAGGAAAAACGUUUUGCAAGUACCACAGUUCUUGGUCUCACAACACCAACAACUGCGUUGUCUUGCGAGACGUUAUCCAGAAAUUGAUAGACGAGAAGAAGCUCCAGUUUCCGGAGAAGGCGGCCAUGCAGGUCGACUCCAAGCCUGACAACAGCCGCACAAAGAUCCCCGACGCCAAGUUCGCGACCCGGGAAAUGAAGGCAUACACGUUUGAUUUAACAAGGGCCGAAGCUAUCUUCGACCUGUUGGUGGCCGAGAAGAAGGUAAAAUUGUCUUUCAGCCAUAAGACUCCGAAGCCCGAAGAGCUCAAAGGAAAAACGUUUUGCAAGUACCACAGUUCUUGGUCUCAUAACACCAACAACUGCGUUGUCUUGCGAGACGUUAUCCAGAAAUUGAUAGACGAGAAGAAGCUCCAGUUUCCGGAGAAGGCGGCCAUGCAGACAAACGAGGUCGAGGGCUUCAAACGCCAAAAGAAAGUAGCAACUGUUGACGGGUUGUCAUCCGAACCGGUUGUCUCCCCAGCCGUAAGAGCAGCCAGCACCAGGCCUUUGAGGGCAUGGCGCCCUAGGCAAGACGGAAGUCCCCGUGGUUCGUCGACCAAUUCAGCCCAGCCAAAGGCCGCGAUCACGGAAGGAAUGGACGAGGGUGUCGUCGACAUCUACCACGGGAGGGAUCCCCCUUUUUCGGCCAACGGUCUAUCCUUCCUCAAAGAAUUCCAUAAAGACCAUUCGGCCGUGGAUCUGUACAGUAUGACCCCUGAGAGCCGAGAAAUCGUGGAGUUGGCUCUCAAGAACACAAAGGCAGAAGCGCUCCUCAUCACCAGCGGUUCUGACUCGGCCAUUAAGGCCGUAUACCAGGCAAACAGGGAGUCUCCGAUGAACGAGGGUUUCGGAGAUCCUUUCUUUGGACACGAGGCCGAGGACGACCCCACAAUAGGAAUCUCCGAUGAAGAAUAUGAAGGAAUCCUCGGGAUGGUCGAGGAAACGGCUCUCACCAAAGACGGCUCUAAGACCGAAGAGGAAGCCGGUAGGGGAAACCCGCAGGAGCCGGAGGAAGUCGGCAUCAACAUGGUCCUGGUGCUGCCAUUCGAGUUUUCAGCCCCGGGAGGACAGACCAGCGGUUUGGAGGAUGACGUGCCCGAGGAGCAAUUUGAUCAGAGGCCAAAAACUAAGGAGGAAUUGCUGGCCGUGGCAUUUAACGAGGUAAUACCAAGAGACGAGCCGAACAAAUACCGGCACUUGAAGCCGUUGUAUAUCUCGGCUCACAUAGAGGGCGUGCCCAUAUCCAAGGUCUUCGUUGACUGUGGGGCGACGGUCAACAUCCUUCCCUUUUCCUUAAUGAGAAAGCUGGACAAGUCGAAGGAGGACCUCAUCCCCAGCGACGUGGUCAUGAGUAGUUUUGUCGGCGAUAAGUCAAAAACCAUUGGCGUAUUGCCCCUGAAGAUUACCGUGGCCGAUCAGACGAGGGUCGCGGCCUUCUACGUGGUCGAAUCAAGCGUCGACUACAACGUAUUACUCGGCCGUGAUUGGAUCCAUCAAUCCGGGUGUAUACCGUCUUCCCUUUUCCAAUUGUUAUUUUUCUGGGACGGCCAAAAGGUGUCCAUACACCCGGCCGACAAAAAACCAUUCGAGGCCAACGCCGUGCAAGCUCGGAUUUACGACGACGAUGUUGGAUGGGUUGUCCUCACCGGCCACGAUGCAAACGGCCGACCAACCAGGAUGACGGCCCAGAAAGUGCUGGAGUUAGGCGCCGAGAAUAUCCGACAGGAUUCGGCGCGCGAAGUGUUGAUCGACCUCACCAGCCUUUAA